GAGCUCCCUCUCCUCUAUGUCCCGCCGCUCAUUUUUCUCAGGACGUAUUUCCGUGGCCUGCCCCAUCUGCACGCCGCAGCCGAGGCCUUCUUCAGGAAGUGCCAAGAGGAUCCCAACGCCCCCCCGCUCUAUGUGGACGGCCGCUGGGUCGGGUGGGAUGGCGUCGCACAUUCCCAUGAGGACACGCUGCACUGGAUCGUAGGACUUUCCCGGGAGCUGGCUACCUUCGUCGCCGAGGGCUACAGGCCCGCCGGGGCCUACAAGCCCAUCCCCAUACGCACCGAAUGGCAAGUCGAGCCGGCUUUCGACAUUGUCCAGAAGCUUGAGAUCCACCACAAGAUCGAGGUCUCUGGGAUCAGUGACCCUACUGCGCACCAGAGAAACUGCUCUGCCUCUGCCCUGCCCCUGGUGCUCCCGCCACACGACCCCAUGACCGCCCCGUCUGCGCGAAGGGGGCCCGCGGCGUGGUUCGAGCCCUCCGCGAGGCAUGCCAGACGGCUGCUCGCCAACGACCACCGACGCCGCUUUGUCAUGGGCUUUGCCAUGAGCGGGUCUCUGAUGCGGGUCUGGUCGUUUGAUCGGGCGGGCGGCGUGGCGACCGAGGUAAUGGACAUCCACAAGCACGGGCUCUGGUUCGUCUCGACGCUUCUCGGGUUCCUCUGCUCCGACGAGAAACAGUUCGGGUUCGACACGACCAUCACCAGGACGGGGCCAGACAUGAUCCACUUCCAUCUCCAGCGCGAGAACAACCGGACAGAGCUCCUGAGCACGGACGAGCAGGUGUCGCACUCGACCUUCAUCUCCGGCCGGGGCACCAAGGUGUACAGAGCCCUUCACCCGUACGACAAAGACCUACCUCUCACCAUCAAGGACUCCUGGCAGGUUGCCGGGAGCCAGCAAGAGGGCGAGCUCCUCCGCAAGGCUACCGAGUGCCGUGUCGUCAACGUGGCCCGGUAUUAUCACCACGAGACUGUGAAGAGCGGCGGCCUAGACGAUGAUAUCGACAACAACGUGCGCAAGGGACUCCACGACGCCUUGGCUCAUGCGUGGACAGCUCGCAGCAUCACUGCCGCUGCCGGCCUCAGUUACACCACCGCCGGCUCUAAGCGGUCAGCAAUGCAGGCGCUGAUAGAUCCCACGCCGCCGAAGCGAUUUCGCUACACUCCGCGGGCGAGACCGAACCGCGUGCACCGGCGGGUGGUGAUGCGCGACUUUGGCGAGCCGCUCACGUGGGCCGAGUCUCCAGCAGUCCUGCUCCGCAAGCUGGAGCAGUGCAUCGAGGGCCACGAAUCUCUUUACAAGAAGGGCCGCAUCCUUCACAGGAACAUCUCGGUCGACAACCUCCUGAUCAACUCGGACCCCGACAACUCCUCCUGGCCCGCCUUCUUGUGUGACCUGGAUGUCGCGGUGGACCUGGACAACAAGAGGGCCCAGGAGGCCUGGGAGUCCGACUCGGUUGGAACCCGGCCCUUUAUGGCCAUCGGCGUGCACCUUGGCGAGCAGCACACCUUUAUGCACGACCUCGAGUCCUUCUUCUGGGUUCUCUUUUGGGUGUGUACCCACCUGGAAAUGCGAGGCUCCAUGCGGGACUCGUACAAGUUUGACGGCUGGAACAGGGACUGCGAUCGCGCCACCGUCAUCGCCGACAAGAAACGCAUCAUCACCGACCGAGGCUUCAAGGCCGUCUCCGAGCAAUACUUCACCUGGUAUGCCUCGCCCAUGAAAGACUGCCUCGACGAGCUGCGCCGCGCCCUAUUCCCCAACGGCAGACAGUGGAAGACGCCGGAUCUGGACAUGUAUGCUCGCAUGAAGCAGAUCCUUCGUCGGUACAGU